GGAAAGUACAUAAUUCCAAACAGAUCCUCCCUCCAGCCAACGCCAUUACUCCUGUCCACCGCUAGUCCAAGCUCCCCGCGACUCCCCCUGACCGGAGACUCGGAGAGAGACCCGGCACGGUACAGCCUGUAUAGGGGCGCCCAGAUCGGCGCAGAUGGCGGCGACGGCGACCUCGCUGGUGCUAGCGGCGCUCGUGGCGGCGAUGAUGCUGGGCGCGGAUGCGGUGUGGCUCGACCUGCCGCCCACGGGGACCAAGUGCGUCUCCGAGGAGAUCCAGCCCAACGUUGUGGUGCUCGCCGACUACGCCAUCAUGUACGAGUCCCACCCCACCUCGCACCCCACCGUCGCCGUCAAGGUUACCUCACCAUAUGGCAAUACUAUACAUAACAAUGAAAAUGCCACAACGGGCCAAUUUGCAUUCACAACUACAGAAGCUGGAAACUACCUUGCUUGCUUCUGGCUAGACAGUGCAGAGAAAGGAUCAGGUGUAUCUCUAAAUCUUGAUUGGAAGAUAGGGAUUGCUGCAAAGGACUGGGAUUCUGUUGCCAAGAAGGAGAAAAUUGAGGGGGUAGAAUUAGAGCUCAGGAAACUUGAAGCUGCAGUGGAAUCCAUUCAUCAUAACUUAUUAUAUCUCAAAGCGAGGGAAGCGGAGAUGCGGGAAGUGAGCGAGAAAACAAAUUCUAGGGUUGCCUGGUUCAGCAUCUUGUCACUGGGCGUGUGCGUUGUGGUCUCCGUUCUGCAGUUAUGGCAUUUGCAAGGGUUCUUCCAUAAGAAGAAGCUCAUCUGAAUCCACUUGUUUGACCAUGUACUGCCGCGUCAACUACCUUAGCAGAAGGACAUUUUUGUCAUAUUUAUUUGGUAUGACUCAUGUGAUGGACAAAGACAGGUGCAUGAUAUAGAUGAUCUCAACAGUAAGCAACCAAUACUAUGUGCAAUAGAAGCUUGUUCAGAGAUGUGCUACCCCUAGGAUUAUUGGGCCUAUGUGUAACAUAUAUGCUGUAAAACUUUUAUCCUGUCUUGUCGUUGUCGUAUGGAAUUUAAGAUGAAAUGUUUAACUUGGCAAAAUA